AGGGCGGGACCCCUGCAGAGUGUGGGUGAAGGAGGAGACGCCAUUUUGUUAACUGCGAAGGCGGCGUUGAGUUGUUUUGUUUCACCGUAACUGGCAGACACGGCGGAGAGGUCCGAAACCGGCGAGUGGACAGCAUCGACCAUGCGGUUCCAGUACCAGAACGAACAGCCGUUUGAGAUGCGGCGGGCAGAGGGCGAGAAGAUUCGUGCCAAGUACCCUGACAAAGUCCCGGUCAUCGUGGAGAAGUGUCCGCGGACCCGUCUGCGCUCUCUGGACAAGAAAAAGUAUCUGGUACCCUCUGAUAUCACAGUGGGACAAUUCUGUUUCCUGAUUCGCAAACGCAUCCAGCUACGUCCCGAGGAAGCCCUGUUCUUCUUCGUCAAUAACGUGCUUCCUCCCUCCAGUGCCACCAUGGGGGAGGUUUACAAGGAACAUCACGAGCAAGAUUUGUUCAUGUACCUGCUUUACAGCUGCGAGAGUGUCUACGGCAACUGAACUACAGCGGGACAACGGCGGGGGGGGGAGGGUGGGG